AUGGAGACCAAGGCGCCGGAAGCCACCGAGGCCGGCGAGAUUGGAUUUCAGAGCAGGAGAUCCAGCAUCUCCGAGGACAAACGGCCAUCCGAGGAAUCAAAGACACCGACAGAAGAAGUCCUUUACGCCGCCGGGGUUGGACACCGAACGGAUGAUCCGUCUCUGCCUUGCCUCACUUUGCGCAUGUGGGUGAUUGGCAUUGGAUUCUGUCUUAUCGGCAGCGGCGUCAACACGCUAUACACAUUUCGGCUUCCAUCAGUCACUCUCUCCCAGUCUGCGAUCCAGUUCCUAGCAUAUCCUCUGGGAAAAGCCUGCGAGUUCAUCAUCCCAGACUGGGGCUUGACUGUUUUUGGAGUUCGCCACAGCCUGAAUCCCGGGCCCUUCAACUACAAGGCAUGUAGACAUCAGGAAAAUAUCCUCAUCUACAUACUGGCCAACUUGAGCUACCUCACCCGUCUAAGCGCCGACGUAUUGACCGAGCAGCGAGUAUUCUAUGGCGCCAACACUGGCUGGGGCUUCGAAAUUACUAUAACGCUGGCCACUAUUCUCUAUGGUUUCUCCCUAGCCGGCUUUGGUAGAUCACUUGUUGUCGAACCAAAGACUUUAGUAUGGCCCGGGGUACUGGCCAACACUGCGCUGAACGCUGCUCUGCAUCCAGUAGGAAAGGAAGAUGAAACCGAGGCUAAAUGGAGGUCUUCGCGGUACAAGUUCUUCUUGAUUGCUUUCACGGUGGCCUUUGUAUGGUACUGGUUCCCAGACUUCAUCUUUCCAGCGCUGGGGUAUUUUACCUGGGUCUGUUGGAUAGCACCUCGCAAUCCAGUGGUCAACCAAAUAUUUGGCAUGAAGAGCGGUAUUGGGCUUUUGCCAUUCACAUUUGACUGGGCGGAAAUCGCAUACAUUGGAAGCCCUUUGGUGGUACCGACCUGGGCCAUUCUCAAUACCCUUGCAUCAGUCGUCUUUUGGAUCUACAUCGUCACGCCAGCAAUUUACUACUCAAACACUUGGCUGUCGGCAUAUCUUCCCAUUCAAAGCAAUUCGAUUUACGACAACACGGGAAGCGCAUACAACGUUUCCCGAGUCAUCAACAAGAGACAAGGAUUCGUCUUUGAGCCGGAAAAGUACGAAGAAUACUCACAUAUUUAUCUUCCAGUCACUUACGCCCUCAACGCGUUUGGUCUAUGUUUCGCCUGCAUCUCAUCACUGUUUGUCUGGAUGUUUCUCGAGAAGCGCCAUGAAAUCGCCCAAGCAUUCCGAGAAUCCCAGCUUCCUGCUCUCUUUGGACGCAAAACAGAUGCCAGACCAGAUUUACAACCGCAGUACAAUGAUGUUCCUAUGUGGUGGUACGGAGCCUCUUUUCUCGUGUCUUUGGGACUUGGCAUUUUUGCCUGCGAGUUUUAUCCUGUGCAGUUACGCUGGUAUGGGGUCAUCUUUGCCAUGUUUGUAUCUGCAGUCUUUUAUCUUCCUCUGGCUUGGGUUUAUGCUACGACCAACAUGAAAGUCCAGAUUGACAUCUUCUGUCGGUUGGUUGCUGGCUACAUCUGGGAAGGCAAAGUCCUGGCCAACAUCUGGUUCUUUGACUUGGGCUACAUCUCUGGCAUCAAGGCUCUCGCAUUUGCCCAGGAUCUGAAGCUAGGAAUAUACUCCAAUAUCCCACCCAGGUACCUAUUCAUUGUCCAGAUUGUUGGCUUGAUCAUGGGGACAUUGGGACAAGUCUCGGUUCUGAACUGGGCACUGGGCCAUGUCCCAGACAUCUGUUCGCUAACCGCAAAGAACGGAUUCACAUGCCCCUAUUCUCGCACCCACUUCAACACCAGCAUGGUCUGGGGCGCUCUCGGGCCUCGCCGGUUCUUCGCUGACGGUACUUUAUACCAAAACCUCUUGUGGUUCUUCUUGAUUGGAGCCACUCUACCAGUCAUAGUGCAUGCCCUGAAGAAAAAAUGGCCCGAGCAGCGAUGGUUAGAAAAGAUUCACAUUCCACUGUUUCUUGGUGGGCUGAAUUACAUCCCCCCAGCCUCUGGGACAAAUUACGGCAGUUGGGUCAUCGUUGGCCUGAUAUUUGGCUUGUGGAUCAAGAAGAAGAGCAGAGGCUGGUGGCGUCGAUACAACUUCGUGCUCAGCUCGGCCCUGGAUUGCGCAACAGCCAUUGCAGGCAUCAUCAUCUUCUUCGCCAUCUUCUAUACUGGAGCGGCCGACAAGUUCUCUUGGUGGGGAACCACGGUACAUGAGCCGCCCAUUUUGCAAGCAGCAUUGGCUCCAGCCAUGGGAACUCCGAUAUAUGCCAUUUCAAAGCUCAAAACCUCACCAGGAAACAAGCAAAAAGCCUCCCCCCCUCCGGAACCACACAAUGGCGAGCAAAAUCACGCCCUUCCUCCUCCGCUCCGGCGUCCGCUGCGCAUCGCGCGUCGCCCGUCCUCAAGCCCGCGCCUUUUCCAUCACAGCCAGCCGGCCCAGCGACACCCUCCAAGUGGUAAAGUCUCGCCCUCCCCCAAAAACCUCAAUCGCUGUGUCGCUGCAGCCUCGCCCAUCGCAAUUGCGCUGCGUAACCACCCCUCGAAAGAGAGAGAAAGAGCCGGAUCGCCCAUUGAGACAGACACAAGACGUUCCAAGAAGUUCGCUGACCUCGGAUCGAUCUCCCAGCACCGAAACACAGCCGACAACAACCCCGACCUGCCGUUCAAGUUCAACGCCCAGAAUGAGAAGCUCAUCGCCGAGAUCCUCAAGCGCUACCCUGCUCAGUACAAAAAGGCCGCCGUCAUGCCCCUGCUCGACCUCGGUCAACGCCAGCACGGCUUCACCAGCAUCAGCGUCAUGAACGAGGUCGCCCGCCUGCUCGAGAUGCCCCCCAUGCGAGUCUACGAGGUCGCCUCCUUCUACACCAUGUACAACCGCACCCCCGUGGGCAAGUUCUUUGUCCAGGCCUGCACAACGACCCCCUGCCAGCUCGGCGGCUGUGGCUCCGACGCCAUCGUCAAGGCCAUCACCAACCACCUCGGCAUCAAGCAGGGCGAGACCACAAACGACGGCCUCUUCACCUUCAUCGAAGUCGAGUGCCUCGGCGCCUGCGUCAACGCCCCCAUGAUCCAGAUCAACGACGACUACUACGAGGACCUCACCCCCGAGACCACCGUCAAGCUGCUCGACGCCCUCAAGGCCUCCGCCGCCUCCGUCGGCGGCUUCGCCAAAGCCCCAGUCGCCGGGCCCCUCACCGGAAGGAAGUCGUGCGAGAACAGCGCGGGAUUGACGAACCUGACAGCAGAGCCGUGGGGCGCGGAGAAGACGAGAUCCGAUUUGUAA